AUUGCGGGUCAUAUGACAGCUCUCCAAUGUUAGCGGUGGAGGUAAAAACUCACUCCACUCAGAAUAAUAACAAGAAUGGGCAAUAAGAAGAAAGUCAUAGUAACAGGCUUCGAACCUUUUGGAGAACAUGCUGUGAACUCCAGCUGGGUAGCAGUACAGGAACUGGAACGACUGGGGCUGGGUGAGGCUGUAGAUCUUUUUGUUUGUGAGGUGCCUGUGGAGUACCAGGCAGUGCAGAAUCUACUUCCAUCUCUGUGGGAACAGCACCUACCACAGCUAGUAGUCCACGUUGGUGUGUCAGGCUUAGCAACCACAGUCACUCUGGAACAGUGUGGCCAUAAUAAGGGCUAUAAACGCCUGGACAAUUGCCGCUUCUGCCCAUCUUCCCAAUGUUGCAUGGAAGACGGGCCCGACUGCAUCAGCUCUCUUCUGGACAUGGACAAGGUCUGCGAAAGGGUUAACAAAUCUGAUAUAGGUGUCACUGUGUCAGUGUCCAAGGAUGCGGGAAGAUACCUGUGCGACUUCACUUACUACUCAUCACUGUUUCUGGGCCACGGCCGCUCCGCCUUCAUACAUGUGCCUCCACUGGGCAAACCUUACAGCAGCCAGCAACUGGGCCGAGCGCUUCGGGCUGUCGUCGAGGAGAUGCUGGCACUCCUGGACGGGGUUAACAAUGACGAGCCGAACUGCAAAGAUGCACCUCAGCAGCGGUACGAUCACCUCUGCUGACUCCUGAGAUUGCCUCAACUGGUAUCAUUCCUCACACCAUAGUGGUGUAUCACUUUUAAACUACAUAUAGAGGCGAUUUAGAGUAUGAGUGAUGAUCAUUUUAAAGCCUGUGCAAUAUUCCUGUAUGGAGGCUUGUUUUGACAAACAUUCUUGUGUUUGUUAAAAUGUGUCCACCCAACAUUUCCAUGCAUUUUGCUUGUUUUGCACCAAACUGUAUUCCUUUUGACAUAAAUGGCACUGCAAUUUGGAUUUAAUGACCUUGAGGAGAGAACACUGAACCUGCAACCCAAGGGCGUAGGUUUGCAUAGGGGCGGUAGGGACAUAACACUACCAACAUUUCCGGAUACUCAAAUUGUCCCCACCAACUUUCAAGCAACCUUAUUUGCAUUAUAUAAUGACUUUAGUUAUAUAAGUAAUUUAGAAUGUCUUCCUAAAUGUUGUAAGGAUAUAAUUGACCCUACCAUAAUUAAGUGAUUUGCAUUAUGUUCAGACUUACAUUGACAUCUUUGGACUUGCUGAAUGUGCCAGUCCAUUUUUUUCCUUUUGGCUGAUUGGCUGAUGACUUGACCCCCCAACCCCUAACACACGCACCCACAUCCCUCAAAAAAAAUGCAACAUGUCGACAACAUGCCACCUCCCCACGCCCUUCGAAUUUUUUUUUUUUUUUUUACCACUAGCAGUAGCAGCCACUGUAAGUAAUGUAAAAAGAAAUCAGGGUUGUAGAGGUGUGAGGGAACACACUACUAAUUUUGCUACUAAAAGUCCGACCACAGAGUUCACAUUAAACUGUGAGAAUUUGCUAACCUGCAAAAUACUAAUAAAUACUUUUUUUUUGUUGAUCCCUGACUAUGAAGUUUUUUCAGUUACUUUUAAUUUCUUUAUUUAGACACACAAUGUUGAGUGGUCUUAAGAAAAAUGUUUUUUUUUUUUUCUUUGCAUUCCUGGAUAGUUAGAUGAUUAACACAUGUAAAUAUAACUUAUGUUCAAAUAUUGCAAUAUAAAUUUGUUAAUAAAAUCCAGACAUUUAUUCUGGAAGUUUUGAAAAUGUUUUAGUAGUUUUUCAAAACAAAGGUCUAUAUCGAACGGUUUAUCACCUGAACCAAUACACAUUAAAGUAUAAGUCAAUACAGAUUUAUUUUGUUUAUCACCUGAACCAAUACAAAUUAAAGUAUAAGUCAAUAGAUUUAUUUUGCAUUGAUAAUUUAGCCUAUCAAUUAAUUAGGUUCAUAUUCAUGAGAAAUGUAGCCGUGACCCCCAUUUACCCAAUCUGUUUGGUCUUAUUAAUGUCCCGUCCCCAGCAAAAAGUGGACAUGUAGGUUAUGCGGUUAUAUCGUCCCUACCAAUGUUGAGACCAAACCUAUGCCCUUGCUGCAACCAAUAUUUGAAGGUACCAGUAAAUGUGAAAGUGGCUGCAUUGUAUUAAACUUACUUUGUAGUGAUGUAUCUGUUGUUUUGUCGUCACUGAAAUGUGUUAUUCAGGGUAUCCGCGGGAUCUCAAAAAGUAAAAAAAAAAAUCUUAAAUCCAAUAAUUUUAAUUUAAGGCCUUAAAAUGUAUAAAAUUCUCCUAAAAUUGCAUAAAAAGUCUUAAAUACGACUGUAAAAGGUCUUAAAAAUCUAUUGACGUUACUUUACGACUACUACUAGUAGUAGUACUUCGUGCUUAUUUGUAUCACAGUGUGAAAGAGCUGGGAAUAAAUUCAAAUACUUUGCAAGUAAUUCCAGGCCUCCAAUUUUCCUUCAACUCAUGUAUGUUUUUUGCCGGCAUCGAUGUGAAAUUGGUCAUAAAUUUUAUUCAUUGUGGUCUUAUCAAAUUCUUUGAAAGUCUUAAAUUUGGCUUGUUGAACCCUUCAGAGACCCUGUUAUUCUUAGAUCGUAGCCUUGGUCAUAAUCAGUUAUUACUAGUUAUGCAAUACUCAUCUUGUAGUGGAUGUUGUACUGGUAAAUGAGUUAAAAAAAUAAUCAUGAGUUAAUUAUGAACAAUUUACAAAUAUGUAUGCCCGAUAAGUUCAGCCUCGGUUUCAAACACAUUUUAAUGUGUUAUAUUUUAUUUCUGUUCUACCCAUGUUUUGUAACCGAUUGAAAACAUUUUAGUUUUGAAGUCCCCGAAAGACGAGAUCUUUUCGCCCUGGACAAGAUCUUUUCUACAAUGUGAUCAGAACCUGGACAAUGUGCCUGCCCGGGAAACACUUUCAAGUCUGGAUAUGUAGAGGAUGCUGGGGAAAAUGGCGGCCACUGUGUCUGACCACACUCGAAGUGGAAGACGUCGAAGAUGUUUUUCUUUUUUUUGUGCUGCUGGCUGCGAUUCUUCUGCAGGGGCUUGGAGCACACUUGAUUCGUCGGAACAUCAUCAAAGUGUUGGAUAGUCAAAAGCGAUCGGUGGAAUUGGCAGCUACUGCGGUCAAUGCUAUCGCUGGAGUGCAUGUCAGCCUCAACAAGGCCUGUGAUGACAUAUUACAGGUGAAUGACCUGGCGGCAUCCAACACUGCACUACGAAGCUGCGCAACCUUGAGAUGAAUGUUCGUCGGAAUGCAGCAAGGAAUGGAAACAGCGACGAGGAUUAAGUUGACGAAAAGGGGGUGGCGGACACAGCCUGCCAUCGGUCCUCAGCUAUUCCCUAUCUUCUGGUUCGAAUCAAGUUGAUGAACUAACCUCUGAAUUAUCAAUUAAUCUACUGGAUUUAAUUAACAUAGCUCGCACAUCGCCACGAUCGACAAUGGACUAUUGUGAAAAUGAACAAUCAAUGGGGAUGGGGAAAAGCAAAAAAACAACAACCUUGAAAUCAUUAGGCAAUCUGAAUGUCAAAAAUUCAAUAAGCUUCGGCUUCUCCUGUCUGCCCUUUUCUUUUCGGGUUGAAUUAAUUGUAAACACAUAUAAAUGCUGUAUGUUUGUUUGGAUUUGCUAUGCCUAAAGGGGAAAGAAAGAAAGAAACAAAGAAAUGACCUUUUAUCGCGUUUAUUUACGUCAGUGUCUAGA